UCGAAACAGAGUAUAUAAGCAAGAUUCUCGUUCCCAACAUUCUCUCUCUCUUUCUCUCUCUUACAAAUAUUCCAACUAUCGGUUUCUAGUGAGUUCUUUUUACUGUUAAAGAGUGCAUUUUUGGGACUCGCCAGAAAGCAAAAGCAGAUCGAAGCCUGUAAUUUACAGAGCAUAAAUCAGGAUGGCUGAGGGAGAGGAUAUUCAACCCCUUGUUGUUGAUAAUGGUACUGGAAUGGUUAAGGCUGGCUUUGCUGGUGAUGAUGCCCCCAGGGCAGUGUUCCCCAGCAUAGUGGGUCGUCCCCGACAUACAGGUGUGAUGGUUGGAAUGGGGCAAAAAGAUGCUUAUGUUGGAGAUGAAGCUCAAUCCAAAAGAGGUAUCCUCACCUUGAAGUACCCAAUUGAGCAUGGUAUAGUCAGCAACUGGGACGACAUGGAGAAAAUUUGGCAUCACACAUUCUACAACGAGCUUCGUGUUGCUCCUGAAGAGCAUCCUGUUCUGCUCACCGAGGCGCCUCUCAACCCCAAGGCAAAUAGAGAGAAAAUGACUCAAAUUAUGUUUGAGACUUUCAACGUGCCUGCAAUGUAUGUUGCCAUCCAGGCUGUCCUCUCGUUGUAUGCCAGUGGGCGAACAACUGGUAUUGUGCUCGAUUCUGGUGAUGGUGUGAGCCACACUGUUCCUAUCUACGAGGGGUAUGCCCUUCCCCAUGCUAUUCUGCGGCUGGAUCUUGCUGGGCGCGACCUCACUGAUUAUCUCAUGAAGAUCCUUACAGAAAGAGGUUAUAUGUUUACCACAUCAGCAGAGCGGGAAAUUGUUCGUGAUGUGAAGGAGAAGCUUGCAUAUGUUGCUAUUGACUUUGAGCAAGAAACUGAGACCGCAAAGAACAGCUCUUCUAUAGAAAAAAGCUAUGAGUUGCCCGAUGGACAAGUUAUUACCAUUGGUGCCGAGAGAUUCCGUUGUCCAGAAGUCUUGUUCCAGCCUUCAUUGGUCGGAAUGGAAGCUGCAGGAAUUCAUGAAACAACAUACAACUCUAUUAUGAAAUGUGAUGUCGAUAUCAGGAAGGAUCUGUAUGGAAACAUUGUGCUCAGUGGCGGAUCAACCAUGUUCCCCGGCAUUGCAGAUCGUAUGAGCAAGGAAAUAACUGCCCUCGCUCCAAGCAGCAUGAAGAUUAAGGUUGUUGCGCCGCCUGAAAGGAAGUAUAGUGUUUGGAUUGGAGGAUCAAUCCUAGCUUCACUCAGUACUUUCCAGCAGAUGUGGAUCUCAAAGGGAGAGUAUGAAGAAUCUGGCCCUGCAAUUGUCCAUAGGAAGUGCUUCUAAGCUUGGUGAGUUGGUGAUAUCAAUGCCGGAAUUAGUAUGCGAGUAUUGGGAUUCUAGAAAUGUGGGUGCGAAGGAAGAAAUGAUCGGGGUUUGGAACCCCCAAUUUUCAUGGACAUGAGCAGGAGAUGUUAUGGUUUUUCUUGAUUUUGUGUGGAUUGAGGUUUGGAAUGUGAGUGAGUGAGAGUGGGAUGGGAUUUUAGUGUGUUUAUUAGUAUUAUUAUUAUUGUUAUUGUUAAUUGGCAUUUUGUUGUUAUGUUGGGGAUGUAUCUCUAUUUUACAUAAACUUAUAUGGUUUGGUUGUUUAGGACAAGUCUAUGCCUAUGUGGAUGAUUGAUUGGCUUUGUAAUGCUCAAGUGACCUUACAACUGUUUUUUUGUC